GUUACAUGCGCCCUCUUGAUCCUUACAGUUACCCAAACAAUGUUUUUGCAAUUCUCUGUAAAUAGUAUAGCGAUGCCUUAGUGCUUUAAAAUACCAAAUGUUUGUUAGAAACAAGCAAUGUAAAUCGUCUCACAAGAUGAUGAUACGCCUAAAUAAUUUUUUGUAUGUUUUUAAUUUACGCCAGGGCACAAUACUUAUUGCCGUCCAUCAAAUUGCACUGUCAUCUUUCGUGCUGAUAAUAUUGUUAGUAGGUAUAUCUCAUGUUGGUGAAAUGCUGUCAAUGCUCCACAACGAUAUGGAAGACGAUGCCGAGAGACGGGGAUUCUAUGAAAUUGCAUACGGAGAACAUUUAACUUUUCACGAGGGCGACGUAGUGAGCACCAAUAAUCAGCUUAGAUUCGCUAAAGCACAGCACCUAGCUUCAGUGACUGUUAUUUUUCUUUACACAAGCACUAUAUUGACUUCAAUAUAUCUCAUGUGCUGCAUCUCCCUCCUGCACGGAGCUGUUAAGUAUCAGAGGGAAUAUAUUCUGCCGUGGAUAAUGGCUGCCUGCGUGGCCGUUAUACUACUAGUUGUGGCUAUAAUCAUAGGAGAUGGCUAUCCUUGUAUCAUUAACCUGUUCGGAGGACAUAAUCUAUAUCAUUUUGGAUGCGCCCUAUUCGUCCUGACAUUCAUCUAUGCUAUAUGCGCGGUUAGUAGCUUUGCCCUAGAGACAGGUAGAGGCCGUCAAAGCUGCGCUGACGAGCGAGGUGAAAGACUGUUGUUACUCGACCACGCAGCACACUCCAGCCUGCUGUCCGCUGCUCAACUUAACAAGCUUUCUACCACUAGAACACACUUUGUGUAAACAAAAUGCAGUUUUAAAUAACAUAUUCUGCUUUGUAUCGCGCAACGCAACAAAAGUUUAAAAAGCUUUGUACACACUUAUUGUGUGAGCCAAUCGCAAUUCCAAAUUUAGAACUUUCGUUUGCCUGAGCAAUUCCUUAAGAAUAAUUUAUUUUCAAAUUAAGAUCCAAUAUGAUUUGCAUUGCAACACAAUUCAAUAUAUUUUUUUAAAUCAUCAUAAUAAGAACGGUCAAUUCAAAUAUGUAGUUUUUAAUUAAUAUUUUAAUAGAAUAUUUUCGCGCAGAAAGUUAACUUAGGUUGUGUAUAUGCACAAAUAUUUUCAAGUAGUGUUAGAGAGCAACCCUCUAGAUUUAACACUUGUAAAGGUAAAAAUGUGGGCUUAAUUAUUAAUUUUAUACUUUAUGCUCUAUUUAUAUUUUGUGAUUAUCGUUUAUACUCUGUACUAUUUACGUCCAUAGAGCGCCAUCAGCAGAUACAGUUGUAUCCUACAAUAAUUACUUGUGAUAUUUUUUAUUGACAAAAACGUUUUGAAAAAAUUAUUUCGAUUAAUUAAAAAUAAAAAUAUUGGUAUGAUGUUUUAAAUAUUUUAUUGAUAAUAAAAUGGAUGUACAACUGUUCAAAUUGCCUCAAAUGCUAUGUAUAUUUAAGAAUACAUUGAUUAAUUUUA